AGGAGGAGGAGAAGGGGCGGGCGGCCUGUCCGUCUGUCCGUCCGUCCGCUGCCCGGCCGGGGAGGAGCCGCCUCGACCCCAGCGAGAGCCUCGCAGCCGAGGGCCGGGAACCCCGGAGCCCCCGCCGCCUGGCCCGCGAAGGAGAGCGACGCAGGCCGGACUGAGCCGGGAGCCCGGCCGGGCUGGAUCGGGCCCACCGCCGCUCAGGACGGGGCCAGCGCCCCGGGGCCUCUUCCCUCCCCGCGCCCAUCAACCCCGACCCCGAUCGCCUGGGGCGGAGGGAGGCGGCCUUGCCAACCCCGGUGUGCCGGCAGCCCCAUCUUGCAGCCCUCUGACCAAACCUUCCCCUCCCGCGCCCCCCGCCCCCAACCCUCUUGCAAGACACCUUUCCCCUCUCCCUUCCCCCUGGACUCCUCGCCCUCCUCUUCCAGACCCAGGCGUCUCGAUCCAGCUCCCGUCCCUCGGUGGUAAGUGCCCCCAACCCCGUGCCCACCUCCGAGCCAUCUUUCCGCAGCCCUGCCUUGUCCGCCCUCUCCUCCUCCCCACAACUCCAGAUCCCUUUACCCCACCCCAUUUGGCCACCUGACCCUGAGCUCCCGGCCCCUGUUGAGGGAACUCUUAUCUCACCCUCCCCCCUCCGUCAGGGCAGGCCGAGGGCCCCAGGGUGCCCGAGGGGCCGUGGGGAGGCCGGCCUUUCCCCAUGGCGCUGACCCCACGGCUGCCGCCGCUGCUGCUGCCCUUGCUGGUCGUGGUGGUUGGGGGAGGGCGGCCCCCUGGGACCCGGAAUCUGACCCUGGCAGUGGUCCUGCCCGAGCACAACCUGAGUUACGCCUGGGCCUGGCCCCGGGUGGGCCCGGCGGUGGCUCUGGCGGUGGAGGCCCUGGGCCGCGCGCUGCCGGUGGACCUGCGCUUUAUCAGCUCCGAACUGGACGGGGCCUGUUCCGAAUACUCGGCCCCACUGGGUGCCGUGGACCUGAAACUGUACCACGACCCCGAUCUGCUGCUGGGCCCCGGCUGCGUUUACCCGGCCGCCUCGGUCGCACGCUUUGCGUCUCACUGGCGGCUGCCGCUGCUGACCGCCGGAGCCGUGGCCUCUGGCUUCACGGCCAAGAGCGAACACUACCGCACGCUGGUUCGCACCGGACCCUCGGCCCCCAAACUGGGGGAAUUUGUGGUGAUGCUGCAUGGACACUUCAACUGGAGUGCCCGGGCUGCCCUGCUCUACCUGGACGCCCGCACUGACGAUCGACCUCACUACUUCACCAUCGAGGGGGUCUUCGAGGCCCUGCAGGGCAGCAACCUCAGCGUGCAGCACCAGGUGUAUGCCCGAGAGCCAGGUGGCCCUGAGCAGGCCACCCACUUCAUCCGGGCCAACGGGCGCAUCGUGUACAUCUGCGGGCCCUUGGAGAUGCUGCAUGAGAUCCUGCUCCAGGCUCAGAGAGAGAACCUGACCAAUGGAGACUACGUCUUCUUCUACUUGGAUGUUUUCGGGGAGAGCCUGCGGGCCAGUCCCACUCGCCCCCCUGGCCGGCCUUGGCAGGACAAUCGUACCUGGGAGCAGGCCCAAGCCCUGAGAGAAGCCUUCCAGACGGUGUUGGUGAUCACGUACCGAGAACCCCCGAACCCGGAGUACCAGGAGUUCCAGCGCCGCCUACUGCUACGGGCCCGGACUGACUUUGGUGUGGAGCUCACCCCUUCCCUGAUGAACCUGAUUGCGGGCUGCUUCUACGAUGGGAUCCUGCUCUACGCGGAGGUCCUGAAUGAAACACUGCAGGAAGGUGGCACGCGAGAAGAUGGGCUCCGCAUAGUGGAGAAGAUGCAGGGCCGGAGAUAUCAGGGUGUGACGGGAGUGGUUGUCAUGGACAAGAACAAUGAUCGGGAGACAGACUUUGUCUUGUGGGCCAUGGGUGACCUCGAUUCCGGGGAUUUCCAGCCAGCUGCUCACUAUUCUGGGGCUGAGAAGCAGAUCUGGUGGACCGGGCAGCCUAUUCCAUGGGUGAAGGGGGCACCCCCUUCCGACAACCCUCCCUGUGCCUUCGACUUGGACGACCCCUCCUGUGAUAAAACCCCUUUCUCCACUCUGGCCAUCGUGGCUCUGGGCACUGGACUUACCUUCAUCAUGUUUGGGGUCUCCAGCUUCCUCAUUUUCCGGAAGCUGAUGCUGGAGAAGGAGUUGGCCAGCAUGCUGUGGCGGAUCCGCUGGGAGGAGCUGCAGUUUGGCAAUGCCGAGCGCUACCAUAAGAGUGCUGGGAGCCGGAUCACCCUCUCCCUGCGGGGAUCCAGUUACGGCUCACUUAUGACAGCUCAUGGGAAAUACCAGAUCUUUGCCAACACCGGUCACUUCAAGGGAAACGUGGUGGCCAUCAAACAUGUAAAUAAGAAGCGGAUUGAGCUGACCAGACAGGUUCUAUUUGAGCUCAAGCAUAUGCGGGAUGUCCAGUUCAACCAUCUGACCCGCUUCAUCGGGGCCUGCAUCGACCCGCCCAACAUCUGCAUUGUUACCGAGUAUUGUCCCCGAGGAAGCUUGCAGGACAUCCUGGAAAAUGACAGCAUCAAUUUGGACUGGAUGUUCCGCUACUCCCUUAUCAAUGACCUCGUCAAGGGCAUGGCUUUUCUCCACAACAGCAUCAUUGGCCACCACGGCAGCCUUAAAUCCUCCAACUGUGUGGUGGACAGCCGCUUCGUGCUAAAGAUCACCGACUACGGGUUGGCCAGCUUCCGCUCAGCAGGGGAGCCUGAGGACAGCCAUGCUCUCUAUGCCAAAAAGCUGUGGACUGCCCCAGAGCUUCUGUGCCCAGGACGCUUGCCGACCAUGGGCAUGCAGAAGGGAGACGUAUACAGCUUUGGGAUCAUCCUUCAGGAGAUUGCUCUACGCAACGGCCCCUUCUACGUGGAAGGCAUGGACCUGAGUCCCAAGGAGAUUGUGCAGAAAGUGCGACAUGGCCAGCGUCCAUACUUCCGGCCCAGCAUCGAUCGGGGGCAACUGAGCGAGGAGCUGGCUAUGCUGAUGGAACGCUGCUGGGCCCAGGACCCUGCUGAACGGCCUGACUUUAGCCAGAUCAAGGGCUUCAUCCGCCGCUUCAACAAGGAGGGGGGCACCAGCAUCCUGGAUAACCUGUUGUUACGCAUGGAGCAGUACGCCAAUAACCUAGAGAAGUUGGUAGAGGAAAGGACGCAGGCCUACUUGGAGGAGAAGCGCAAAGCUGAAGCCCUGCUCUACCAGAUUCUGCCCCACUCUGUGGCUGAGCAGCUGAAGCGGGGGGAGACAGUGCGGGCUGAGGCUUUUGAUAGCGUCACCAUCUACUUCAGUGACAUCGUGGGCUUCACUGCCCUGUCUGCGGAGAGUACCCCCAUGCAGGUGGUGACACUGUUGAAUGACCUGUACACCUGCUUCGAUGCCAUCAUUGACAACUUUGAUGUGUACAAGGUGGAGACAAUCGGCGAUGCCUACAUGGUGGUGUCAGGGUUGCCUGGACGCAAUGGCAAACGGCACGCACCUGAGAUCGCUCGCAUGGCCCUGGCCCUGCUGGAAGCUGUGGCUUCAUUCCGGAUCCGACACCGGCCCAAUGACCAGCUGCGGCUGCGCAUUGGUGUCCACACGGGACCUGUGUGUGCUGGGGUUGUCGGCCUGAAGAUGCCACGGUACUGUCUGUUUGGGGACACAGUGAACACUGCCUCACGCAUGGAGUCCAACGGGCAGGUCUGUCCUCAUCCAGAAGCUGCUCCAUCCCCUGAUCAUCUUGGUUACUCUUCUCUGUCCCUUCGCCAGCUCUCUUAUGUCCUUCCUAAGAUGCGGAGACCAGACUGCACACAGAGUUCCAGGUCCUCACCGUCCUUACUGCCACCAUCCUGCCCUGAAGAUCCAUGUCUCCUCCACCACCAAAGAUGCCUUGGAUGAUUUUGGCUGCUUCCAGUUAGCACUGCGUGGCGAUGUGGAAAUGAAGGGAAAAGGGAAGAUGCGGACGUAUUGGCUCCUCGGAGAGCGGAAAGGUCUCCCUGGUCUUCUGUGAUUCUCCCUCCAGGUUCUCCCCGCCCCACCCCCUUCCCGAACCUGCCAGCACCCUGGGCCUAAAGCAGCUACUGCCUCUGCCAUCCAUUCCCCUUGCAGAACCCAGGGGCGUGGACAUACCAACCUGCCAAUCCAGGGACACAGACCCAUGGCCAAUACCACAGAUAUACAGGGGCAGACCCAGUGCUUUCUCUCCUGGGUGGGGACCUACCUCCCUGUUUUGGGCUGUGUCCCCAUUGGGCUGACACUUACAAGCCCUCUCCCUUUGCUCUCCCACCAGCCCCAAUGCUUGAUGGCUGUAAAUAUCUGUAUCUAAACCCAGAAUAUUUUGUUCAAAUAUAAAAUGAUAAAAGCA